AGGACAGAUGAAUGAAGACUGCCUACACUAACGCCUAUCGAUGCCUGGCCAAGGACCUGGACGCUUACGCCAUGAACACGGACAUGACAAUGGACGGCCUCGGCAGCCUGCACGGGGGGGUGGCCCCUGACGCGGAGCUGAUGAGCGGCUCGUCCGGCCUGCGGAUCCACCAGGACCUGGCGCCUCGGCCGGCCAUGGUGUCAGGGAUGAUCCUGGAGGGCAGCGGAGAGUACCGUCCGGAGCUGUCGCUGCCGCUGCACCACGCCAUGAGCGUGCCGUGCGACGCGUCCUCCCCCGGGAUGAGCGGUACCUACACCACCCUCACCCCGCUGCAGCCGCUGCCGCCCAUCUCCACCGUGUCCGACAAGUUCCACCACCACCACCACCACCACCACCACCAGCGGCUGUCCGGGAACGUCAGCGGGAGCUUCACCCUAAUGCGGGAUGAGCGGGGGCUGCCAGGCAUGAAUAACAUCUAUACCCCCUACAAGGACCACAUGUCCGGGAUGGGUCAGAGUCUGUCCCCGGUGCUGGGCAACGGCCUGGGCUCCAUCCACAAUACACAGCAGGGGCUCCACAACUACGGCUCCAGCUCGCACGGAACCCACGACAAAAUGCUGAACUUCGAGCACCACCAGCACCGAGGUCUCAGUGGCCCGCCGGCUGGGAUGAUGCCGCACCUGAACGGCAUGCACCACCCGGGGCACCACCACCACCCCCACCUCCAGUCUCCAUCCCACGGGCCCGUGUUGGCUUCCACGCGGGAACGACCGCCCUCCUCCUCGGGGACGCAGGGUGGCAGCAGUUCGGGCCAGCUGGAGGAGAUCAACACCAAGGAGGUGGCGCAGAGGAUCACCGCGGAGUUGAAGAGGUACAGCAUCCCGCAGGCCAUCUUCGCCCAGAGGGUGCUGUGCCGCUCCCAGGGGACGCUGUCCGACCUGCUGAGAAACCCCAAACCCUGGAGUAAACUAAAGUCCGGUCGGGAGACCUUCAGGAGGAUGUGGAAGUGGCUGCAGGAGCCCGAGUUCCAGAGGAUGUCGGCGCUCAGACUGGCAGGGUCCGUCAAAGCACUUCAUCGCACUGCCCAUCAAAAUAAACGGUUUGCUGACAGGAAACGAUCACCCACUCCUCAAUAUCAACCAGGUCAAAAGGUCUGGCUUUUCUCCCGAGACAUCUCCUUAAAAUCCAUGUCCAGAAAACUGUCAUCCAGAUUCAUUGGCCCAUACGAAAUAGAGUCCAUUAUCACCCCCACUUUUGUCCGCCUCCAUCUGCCUGCCAGCCUACGCUUCCAUCCUACCUUUCACGUCUCUCAGCUUAAGCCUAUCCGUGCCAGCACUUUCUGCCCUCCAGGCGAGCCCCUUCCUCCCACCUGGGACUUCCAGGGGCACCCAGCCUACACGGUCUGACAGAUCGUGGACUCCCAUCAGCGGGGUAGAGGUUGGCAGUACCUCGUUGACUGGGAGGGCUACUGAGUGUUAGCCUUUGUGGUGACUUCCUAGUCCUGGCUCCAAGCUCCUUGAAUCAUUUGUGUUGGCUUCAAGCUCCAGUCAGCCCCAGCCAAGAAUCAAGACUUCAAGCCUUCUAGAAUUAUUUUGGAUCAAGUUCCAGCGAACAGCCCAAGCCCUUCGACUCCUAGGAUCUCAGGCAAGCAAACCCUGCUCACCCUCCACCUGUAACUUUACAUCAAGUCUCAAGAAACUUCUCCAGGUAUUCCAUUUUACUGAGAACUGUUGUGUGAGAAUCCAACUACCUUGUACUAACCAGAGAGCUCACCACUUAACUUGGAUUAAAGCCCUGAUUCAGCAGUAACUGUCCGUCCUCCCAGGCUCCGCAUCGUUCUCACUCAGGCUACCACGUUUCCUUCAUCAGUAAGCAAGAACUUAUUCUCAUUCUCAGAAAUUCAACUUCAAACCUCAAAAGUAACUUACCUGAUCUCCCUUCCCACACAGUUUGUGUAUCCAGUUCCAUAUCCACAAACUUUUCUCCUGCCUCCUGAGUGUCAUUCUGCAUGUGGGUCAAAUCAGUAAAGAAAUCCAUGACACACGGCUGUUAUUGACCUGCUAAUAUAUGGGGGUUAUUUCCUAUAGUUUUGUUUUUUGCUUUUGCGUUGGCACCCUUAAAUUAAAAU